AUGCCUCCUCCACCGAUCAACACCGGCGCUGGGCAUGCGUACGCUCCUCAACACCAGCAGCAGCUCUACACCCAGCCUGCGCCACCCGGAUAUCCCAUGGGGCAGCCUCCACAGGGACAUCAGCCAUAUGGCUACGGGCCACAGGCGGUACAAGGCCCGCACUCGUAUAAUCGCGGGCCAGCCGAAGUGCAAGGUGACAAUUCGCGAAGCAAAGCUCAGCUCAUUGUCGGCAUCGAUUUUGGGACCACAUUCUCGGGUGUCGCAUUCGCGUUUGCUACCAACACUGAAGCCAAAGAGGAUAUCAUCGUCGAGUGGCCAGGUGCUGGUACACAAACGAAACAGAAGAUUCCUACAGUUCUCUACUACGACCAGCACCAGCAAGUGGUGGGCUGGGGCCCAGACAUCGCCGAAGCACUGGCACCUACGGGCUAUCCCAAGCCAGGCGUGCAGAAAGUGGAAUGGUUCAAGCUCCAGCUCAUGCUCUCCGGCAACACAUAUAUCGACCCAAUCAACCUUCCGCCGCUUCCGCCGGGAAAGUCUGAGAUUGAUGUCGCAGCAGACUACCUGUUUAAGCUUCGACAAGCUAUGCGUAAUUCGCUACAGAAAACGUUGGGCGAGGUGUUCAACAGAGAAGAGCGGAACAUCAAAUACUUCUUGACGGUACCAGCCAUUUGGAACGAUGCCGGCAAGGCGGCGACAAGGGCAGCGGCUAUUCAAGCGGGAUUCUUGCGAGACGAGAAUGACAAUCGGCUGACUCUGAUUUCGGAGCCAGAAGCCGCAGCCAUGUUCUGCGCGAAGACGGGCCUGCUCAACCUCAAAGUACACGACGCGGUGCUCAUUGUCGAUUGUGGUGGUGGUACGGUCGAUCUGAUCGCAUACGAAGUCGAAGAAGAGUCCCCAUUCACUGUUGCUGAAUGUACUGCUGGAUCUGGUGACUCUUGUGGAUCUACGGCACUCAAUCGAAACUUCUCCAACAUCCUGCGAGCAAAGAUUCGAAAGAUGAAACUUCCCGAUGGAUCCAAAACUGCUGGCAAGGUCUACGCCAAGUGCAUCAUGGACUUCGAGAACCGGAUCAAGGCCGAUUUCCGUAACAAUGGGCAGAAAUGGGCUGUGGACGUGGGAAUCGAAGCCGAGUUCCCAGAGGCCGGCAUUGAGGAAGGCUACAUGACAUUCACUAAUGAGGAAAUCCUGCAAUGCUUUGAGCCAGUGGUCAAUCGGAUCCUGGAACUCGUUCGCAAUCAGAUCAUUGCGAUUCAAGCGCAGAACAGAUCGUUACAGAACGUGCUCGUUGUUGGUGGUUUUGGUGCUUCGGAGUACCUUUUCCAGCAGAUUAAGCUCCAUGUGCCUCCGCAAUUCCAGAACAAGGUCGUCCGACCCAUGGAUUCCGUUGCAGCCAUCGUCAAAGGAGCUGUUACAGCUGGCAUUACGGAGCGCGUUGUCACUUCGCGUGUGGCGAGAAGACAUUACCUCAUGGCUACUCUGCAGCCAUUCAAGGAAGGCCAUCAUCCAGAGCAAUACCGUGUGCCUUCGCUUGAUGGUAAGGACCGCUGCAAGUACACGCGACAAAUCUUCGUCCAGAAAGGCCAACGAGUCAAGAUUGGCGAGCCAGUCAAGGUCUCGUUCUUCCGACAGGUGGCCCCAGGCGCAACACUGAUGUAUGAAGAUGUGCUUUAUGCCUGUGACGAGGAUGUCUGCCCUGAAUAUACCAAGGAUCCACGCAUCAAGGAAGUUGUCACCCUGACAUCCGAUCUGAGCAGAAAAAAUCUCGAGAAAGAUUUUGAGCGCAUGGACACUCCGCAAGGUACUUUCUAUCGUGUGUACUUCGAUAUCUACCUCACUCUGGACGGCUCCGAAUUCAGUGCUGAGCUGGUCUGCCAAGGCGAAGUCAUGGGCCGCUGCUCUGCCCGGUUUCGAUAG